AAGUUGAUCAAACUUUUUUUAAAAAUUGAGAAGGAUUUUGAUUUGUCGUCCACACUCCACAAAAUUCCAAAUUUCACUGAAUUCAUCACCUCUCUAGUCUACUCACUAAGAAGUAAAGCGGAGAAACAAAAGUUUUUUUUUUUUUUGAAUGGCGAGACACGAUGACCUUCCGGUGCCCGUUUACAAGUCUCUUGAGCCCGUUUACGGAACCGGGUCGCAGCUCGAAGAAGCGGAGCUCCGAUUCAACACAUUGAAAUCCAAAUUCGUGGAGAUUUUCGGCCAAGUCCCUGAUAUCUAUGCCCGAUCUCCUGGAAGGGUGAAUUUGAUUGGGGAGCACAUAGACUAUGAAGGUUACUCUGUGUUGCCUAUGGCGAUCAGGCAAGACACUAUUGUAGCAAUUCGGAAAGUGGAGGGAGACAAGGUGCUGAAGAUUGCUAAUGUCAACAGUCACAAGUAUUCUCUCUGCACUUACCCUGCUGAUCCUCAUCAGGAAAUUGAUUUGAAGAAUCACAGAUGGGGUCACUAUUUUAUUUGUGGGUACAAAGGUUUCUAUGAGUAUGCCAAAGCAAAGGGCAUAGAUGUCGGUGAAGCAGUUGGUCUUGAGGUUGUUGUUGAUGGAAUUGUUCCAACAGGUUCUGGUUUAUCGAGCUCUGCUGCUUUUGUUUGCUCGUCUACUAUUGGCAUAAUGGCAGUAUUAGGAGCAAGCUUGCCUAAGAAAGAACUUGCUCAACUUACAUGCGAAUGUGAAAGACACAUAGGAACACAAUCUGGUGGAAUGGACCAGGCCAUAUCUGUGAUGGCUCAAUCUGGAUUUGCAGCACUCAUUGACUUCAACCCUAUUCGAGCUACUGAGGUGCAACUCCCUGCGGGUGGGACUUUUGUCAUAGCACAUUCACUAGCUGAGUCUCAGAAAGCAGUUACUGCCGCAACUAAUUACAACAACAGAGUUGUUGAAUGUCGUUUGGCUUCUAUAGUGCUAGGCAUAAAACUCGGCAUGAAAGCAGAAGAAGCAGUUUCCAAAGUGAAGACACUUUCAGAUGUUGAAGGAUUGUGUGUAUCUUUUGCUGGUACACAUGGAUCGUCUGAUCCAGUUCUUGCUGUCAAGGAAUACUUGAAGGAAGAACCAUACAGCGCCGAAGAUAUUGAGGAAAUCAUCAGUGAAAAGCUGGUAGAUGUUUUUGCCACUUCUCCUUCUUCGUUGGAUGUGCUGAGAGCUGCCAAACACUUCAAGUUACACCAGCGAGCUGCUCACGUGUACUCAGAGGCUAAACGUGUGUAUGCUUUCAAAGAUACCGUGUCAUCAAACUUAAGUGAGGAAGACAUGCUUAAGAAACUCGGAGACCUUAUGAACGACAGCCACUACAGUUGCAGUGUCUUGUAUGAGUGCAGCUGCCCCGAAUUGGAAGAGCUCGUCAAGAUUAGCCGUGACAAUGGUGCCCUCGGGGCGAGGCUGACCGGAGCUGGAUGGGGAGGCUGUGCCGUUGCUCUGGUUAAGGAGAAUAUCGUCCCACAGUUUAUCCUCAACUUGAAGGAACAAUAUUUCCAGUCAAGAAUUGAUAAAGGGGUGAUUAAGAAGACCGAUCUUGGCCUCUACAUUUUUGCAUCUAAGCCAUCGAGCGGAGCUGCCAUCGUCGAACUAUAGGCUGCCGGCCGCAUAUGGUCCGAGAAAAUCUGCUGCUAAGAAAGGAUCGUUUUUUAUGCUUUCUUUCUUUCCUGUUCAAGAAUAAAAUGGUUUAUGUUUCAUGGAAUUGUCCAUACAUAAAAAAACCCAGCUAAUUCAUCAGAAACACAUAUUGGCACUGA